GGCAUCGGCAAACACCCUCUGAAUGCAGUGGCUUGGAGGGGGCGGGGCGAACCUCUGGGCCCCCUUGAACAGGACAAGGUCUCACCUUUUCCUUCCUUGUCGUAAGCAUAGAGCUCUCCGUUCCUAACUAACAAUAGAAGGGGAAAAAGAAAAAUACAGGAAGAAGAAGAAGAAGAAGAACAACAACAACAACAACAACAACAACAACAAAGCACUCAAAGUAGAUAGUUGCAAUUACUAUGGAAUCACCAUAUCAAUGACAUCAUCAUCAUAAUACCGAUACACAUCAAUAAUAAUCAAAUUUGAAUCAGCCUUGACAGAGCAUGCAGGGCACGAAGUUUGUCCGAACAAGGAACUAGUCACCAUGCAUACUUGAAAGUUGAAACGCAAUAAGAACUGAAGCUAGAAGAAUAGUGUCACGUCCUUUGCGUCCAAAUAAAAAGAAAAGAAAAGGAAAAGUGUGGUUGAUAUGGCGUGAAGCACACGUGCGCGGAAGGGCCUCCUCUUGAAAUGUGCCUCCUACACUUCUCCCUGCUCCUGGAGACUCCACGAACACAACCUACCCGACUUAUGCUCUCUCCACUUCGUAAACGUAAAUCCAUCGAAUGGCUUUCAUUCCAUAGCUGCUGUGCAUACUUGCCUCAUCACGUUAAUCACGUAAACCAGCCAUCCUACAUUAGCCCCGUUCUUGUUUGCUACACAGAACCUGCCGAAAUUUAUAGCAGCACUGCUGCAGCACUGCUGCAGCACUGAACCAACCCCUUUUUGCACUCACCCUCCUCCAUCCCUCCAGCUCCUCGUUGUCAUCCGUUGAGCUGGUCAUUAGUGCCGUCCCGGCCAUUCAACAAAAUCCUGCCUGCCUCCCCUCAUUGCUUUCCUGUUCUUCAAAUACUAGAGAGUGGGUGGCAGGGGGCCAGAGACACCCACAUUAUUCAUGAAGAACAUUAAAACAAAAAGGGGGAAAAGAAACAGAAAGUCCGUCAUUGCGACUAGCCCACUGCUGAUCCACAGUCACCAUGUCCUCCCCUCGGUCAGACCGUAAAUUAUGCCAGAAUAAAAUUGAUUUUGAAAGAAUAGAUUCUGAAAUAAAAACAGCUUUAUUGUUCAAGGUCUUCUCAUAGCACAGGAUGAUACUUCCGGGCAGUCACUGAGGGUUGCCUGAAGUAACGGGCGUCUUGAGUCUUGACCACAUGAGAAAAAAACGAACAAAUAGGGGAAAACACAUGAGAGUCCGUACAACAGAAAGGGAAAAAAAAGGCACCACCAGAAAAAACAGAGAAAACAACUGGGUAAAAAAAAAAAACUAGGUAAGGAUGCAAGAAAAUGACGAGGAAGUACAAUUGCACUGCACAAGAUGGAAGCAUCACGGUGGACUUGUGACAUCUGGGGCUUCCGUAGGAAACCCAGGCAAGAGGAUGGAUUUCACACAUCAUCAGUCUAGCAUGGCAGCGAUGAUGCGUACAGGAAAACAGCAGGAUGCUGACGGUGAUGCCGACGCCGAAGGAGGCGGCGGGAGCAGUGGUGGAGGCAGAGGUGGGGCAGCAGCAGCAGCAGCAGCAGCAGCAGCAGAAGCAGAAGAAGAAGAAGAAGAAGAAGAAGAAGAAGAAGAAGAAGAAGAAGAAGAAGAAGAGGACGAAGACGAGGACAAUGACGAGGACGAAGACGAGGACGAAGAUGAAGACAAAGGCGAAGACAAAGACGAAGGCGAAGACGAAGACGAAGACAAAGGCGUAGACGAAGACGAAGACGAAGACGAAGACAUAGACGAAGACGAAGAUGAAGACGAAGAAGGUGACGACGAAGACGAAGACGAAGACGAAGACAAAGACAAAGACGAAGAUGAAGAUGAAGACGAAGAAGGUGACGACGACGAAGACGAAGACGAAGACGAAGACGAAGACGAGGACGAGGACGAGGACGAGGACGAAGACGAAGACGAAGACGAAGACGAAGACGAGGACGAAGACCAAGACCAAGAAGAGGAAGAAGAAGAAGAAUCUCUUGAUCAUCCACCCGGCAUAUUCAUUGUUUGGGCAUGAUGGCGGCGAUGCCCAGACAACGACGAUAGUAAGAGAAAGAAGAAGAAAAGCAAGAAAAAGAAGGCGCAAGCAAAAGAAGAAGAUCGGCCAGUCAAAUCGAUUUUGGGGAUGGCAGCAAAUUCAGCAAUCAGGCCUGAAGCAGGAAGAGAGUGACAGGACAAGGACGAAGAAGAAGAAGAAAAAGUAGACGAAGAAAGAGUAAGCUGUGGAGGACGA